UACAGAAUUCCAUUCACAUUUUUCAGGUUUUUAAAAAUCUACUUCUAAUGAAGGAAUCAUUUCUGAAUGACAGAGAUUUCAGCUUGUUACUGAACACAAGACCAGAAAUGAUUUAUACUAUGUAUAGUUGUUGUUGCUAGGGUAGCAGGAGGAAGGGGGAAAAAUGAAUGCAGUGUGGAUGCUGUAGCAGGUUUGCAGUGUGAUGAAAGACUAUUCUGCAGAUCACUAGAAACUCGCUUUUACAAUGAAUAGGACUUUUCCAUUCAUCACUGCUGGGAUCAGAGGUGCUGCCUUCAUUUUGUGUGUCAUCAAUUCUUCUCAUUAAAUACCUGCAUUGAAAGAUGCUUUGUGUGAUUGCAUUUUCUGUACUGUAGCUUUUAGCUGGGGAGAGAAGUGUGGGAUACUCUUUGGGUAAUUUAUUGACUCGUAUGUUGCUGUUUUAUUUCUUUCUUAAAAAGUUGCAGUACCAUUGUUCUGAAUCUGUUUUCUCACAGUAUAAUUACUCAAAUUCUUAAUUUGCAAUAUCGGUAGACUUAAGUCAUUUAGUGUAUAGUUUAGAUUGGAUUUCCAGGCUAAGCUUAAAUUCUGCAUGCUUGUAACAGAAUUGUGUUUUCUUUUAAUUAAAGAAAAGUGUUUGUCAGUUGCUGCCUUUUCAAAUCAGGGAUUUUAGGUACAGUAUAUUUAUGUUGAUAAUGAAUAAAAGUAUUUAUUAGUGGGUUUAUUUUCAUGCUUUAAAGUGAGGCUCCAGCACAUUGCCAUAUGUACUCUUAAACUGUCAGAUUUAAAAUUAUUGCAGCUGAGAUUAGAUCUCUUUUGCUGUGGACAAUAGUAGGAGUUAAAGGGUCUGUGUUUCAGAAGUGCUUCAUCUUUUCAUCUUGCCCAUAUGCUGGUAAAGUAUUUUUCUUCAGUCAUAAGUACUUCAUGUAAUGCAGCAUUUAAAAAAAGCAGCCUUGGCACUGGCAAAAAGAGACGUGCAAGGCGCGUCACGGUUUUGAAAGAAAAACUGCAAUGUGCUGAUUAUGAGGAGAAAUAGCUUUGCAAGAAUAAGCACUGUUUAAAUGGCUGUUUUGCUUUCCUGAAAGAAAAGCUCUGGAUUCAUCACCAGAUAGCUUUCUCACCCUCCACUGAAUUUGUAAUGCUGCUGUGCAACUUGGUUGUCUGAAAGCCUUUUCAGGUAUUUGUAUGCUGGGGGUUUGCCCGAAUGUCAUUCACUUAAAUGUUAACAGUAUCUUGCCUCACCAUGGUAUAUUUUAUAGUCAUAGGGAUAUAAAAGAAUAGUUUUAAUCAAAUAGGAGUUCAGAGGGGGGGAGUUAAUGUAGUUAUUUAGAGCUAUCGCAGGCACUCACCUAUGACUGCAAAAAAGGGGUAGGAAGGCAAGAGAAGAAUACAAUAUCUGUGGAAGAUUGGAAAAGGAAAUUUGAGAAUUGAUUGGUGGUAGUGUGCUGUAAGUGGGUGGAUUUUCCCCCCCUACAGGAAGUGAUUUGCAGCGUUCACUGAGCCUUUUGUUGAAAAGGGUCCUUCUCAUUUGUGUGAGUCAUGCUUUUGCUGUGAGAGACUUGGCAGCUCUGAGCAGGACUGGGAUUUUUCUCUUGCACAAAAAACUAUCGCUUCACCUAGCCUGACCGUGGAAACCACAAGCAAAAUUCCUUUGAUUUUAUUUAUUUUUUCAGAAAAUUUUCCCUCCAUGGCCAGAUUUUUAUCGUCCAUUUUUUUGGAUUCUUAGUGGCCUGCUAUGUUAGCAAAGGAGUUUCCUGGUUUGCCAGAUCAUAUGCAAGUUUCCAGAUAGAAGGGCAUGCUUCAACGUACCAAGUAUAACCGCUUCAGGAAUGAUUCGGUGACAUCAGUUGAUGAUCUUCUUCAUAAUUUGUCCAUGAACAGCAAGGUCUCAUCAGUUGGUACAACUUCAGAGCCAUCGCCAUACCUGGUCUCGCCUGAGGUUCUCCAUAAGGACCAAGAUGGACCCACCAGCUUUUGCACUCUCAUGCACAAAGUGUCCCACUUGAAACUCUCCCACACAGGCAGCCUUUUGGGUAUCAAAAACCUCUCCUCUGCAGUGAAGGAGCUUGCUGUUUCCAAGUUGCAGAGUAGCUCGACAGCGGAGGCUUCAGACAACAGAUGUAAUCUUGUCUCUGCCACACCGUCUUCUCAGCAGGACAAGAGCAAGAUGAGCACAGGGAAAAAAGCAUGGUCAGAGGAAAUGCACCUCGGAGGUGAAGAGUGGAAUCAAGGUAGCAGCAUUGCCAAUAAGAUCUCCCAAGGGUGGCUGCAUUCAAAUGAGAAGAUACUUGGACCUGGAGUGACGUACAUUGUGAAGUAUUUGGGAUGUAUAGAAGUCUUACGCUCCAUGAGAUCACUUGACUUCAAUACUAGAACACAGAUUACAAGGGAAGCGAUAAGCCUUGUUUGUGAGUCUGUGCCAAGUGCCAAAGGAGCCUUCAAGAAAAGAAAGCCGCCAAAUAAAGCUCUUUCUAGUAUCUUGGGGAAGAGCAACCUUCAGUUUGCAGGAAUGAACAUAACUCUGAACAUAUCUACCACCAGCUUAAACCUGAUGACACCUGAUUCCAAACAGAUUAUAGCAAAUCAUCAUAUGCAGUCUAUUUCCUUUGCAUCUGGAGUAGAUGUGGAUACAACAGACUAUGUUGCAUAUGUAGCUAAGGACCCUGUAAAUCGCAGAGCAUGCCACAUCCUGGAAUGCUGCGACAACCUGGCCCAGGAUAUUAUUAGCACGAUAGGACAAGCGUUUGAGCUUCGUUUUAAGCAAUAUCUGCAGUGCCCUUCCAAGAUUCCUGCUCUUCAUGAUAGAAUGCAAAGUCUGGAUGAAGUGUGGAUGGAAGAAGAUGGCGAAGCUCCAGAACAUCUCUACUACAACAGCAUUCCAAAUAAGAUACCUCCCACUGGGGGCCUGGUUGAUGCAAGACUCAAGGCCAAGGUCUCCUCUGUUUCAGAUACUACUCAGUCUGCAUCAGCAAUGGGAAGAGAGCAAACAUACUACCAGAGCCAGCACAUAAGAGAAUUCUUUGGUGAAGAAUGGCAGCAGGGACCCAGUCGACAAGGCCCUUUUGAAGAUGCUCUCAAGAACCAAACUCCUGAGCCCAUUCUGAACAAGGCUACCUCAGUUGAAUGCACCAGUCCUCUUCUGCCCAGAGCAGCUGGUGCAGCAGCAGCAGCAGAACUGAGCACAGAACCCUGGUAUCAAGGGGAGAUGAGCAGGAAAGAAGCGGAGCAGCUCUUAAAGCGAUGUGGAGACUUCCUGGUUAGGAAAAGUACCUCCAAUCCAGGCUCUUAUGUGCUGACUGGACUACACAAUGGACAUGCCAAACAUUUGCUCUUGGUGGACCCAGAAGGAACUGUUCGGACAAAGGAUCGCAUCUUUGACAGUAUUAGUCACCUCAUCAACCAUCAUCUGGAGAACAAUUUGCCAAUUGUAUCUUCUGGGAGCGAACUCUGCCUCUAUCAGCCAGCUGAGAGAAAACAGUGACUGCUCCAGUGAAGUGUGCAAACUGGCUACAACCAGAGAGGAGUGAAAACUGAUGUGUGUGCAAAAAGAAUGUCACCCAUAGGCUAAAGAAAUACCAUUUCACAUGGUGCCAGGAAGAAUAAAAUUCAUAGGGCUUUCUGAAGAUGGUUAAACAUGGGAAAAGUUGUAGGCAGAGGUCCCCACCCCCUUAAAAAUGACCCUGAUCAAAGCGUUCUGAUUCUUUAAUAUGAAUAUUGACUUUAUAUGUGUACGUGCAUAUGUAUGUGUGUGUGUGCGCGCGCACACACACACACACACAGAGUAGAUAUUUAUAUUUUUGAAGUCAGUCUCUUGAAGUCAUAGAACAAAAAACUGCGUUCUUUUCCAAACUUUUUAAGAUGAAGAAAAUAUGCCAAUCCAGAUUAAGAAAAUAAAUAUCAAAGGUCUUGCUUUCUUGAGAAAAUUAAUACUAGAUGUCUCAAGGGUAGCUUUAUGAUCUAAUAAGCACAAUAGUAGAGAGAAAACAGACAAAAUGCAAUGAUUAAAAGCCAGAUAAGGGGAAAUGGAUCAAUGAGCUAGUAUUCCAACAGGAACGUAAGCUUGAAACAACUUUUGAAAACAUUAUUCACUGUCUUAAGUACAACAGCAUUUUCUCUUUCUAAUGUCCCACUUAAAUUCUUAUACAAUGCUACUUAAAAUUGUUUGUAAUUUGCUUUGACUUUGACUUGGUGUGAUCUCUCUGUGUAUGAGGUAUAUGCAUUGAUUUUUCUAAUAACAUACCUUAAGAUACAGCUUUGAUUUAUUAAAACCAAUGUUCGAUAUUAA